AUGGGUCGUGAAGACGACGACUCACAUUCCAACUUUUUUGGCCGCCUCGUCAAAAGCGAUAGCGAAAGCGACAGCUCUAAACGGUCGGGCUUUGGCUUCAACGGCUCAUUCUCAGCAUCAGCCUCAACCUCAGCUUCGACUGGAGAUUCAUCUCACCACCAAGAAUCGGCACCAGCGACGAAAUACACAAUGUUUGGCCCGUUCGAUAUUGAGUUUGGAUGGCCUAAUGAGCGGAGCAUGGCCUCUGUAGCCCUCUCCUCUUACUCUCCUCUCGCCCUUCGCGACAUGCCACAACCUCGACCUAGUGAUGCUCCCUCAAACCUGGAUGCUUCCAUCUUUACCUUUGAAGACGCCUUUGAAGAUUUGCUUGCCGUAUCACAGGGUCAACCACUACCCGAUAUCACCACUCGAUAUGAGCAGCGAAAGCUCCUUCGAUCCAUGUUCCCGGCCGGCGAGCCUGCGUGGUUCUGGAUGCGUAGGCUGAGAUCACAGGGUCUCUUGGAGGAUACAGGACCUAGUCAAUGGAUGAAGUCGGCGAACCAAAAUUGGGAACAAUUCCACCGCGAGUUGGACCGAAGGGCUGCCAAUGUCUGGCGGGCAGCCAUGGGCGAAGAAGAACGGCAAGACCGCAUCGAUGAUCUCCCUCGCCGUGAGCAAAAGGACGAAGAUGAAGGCUUCCAUGGCCACAACCCCCUUCUCGAAGACUCUGAGCAACAUCGACAACGUCGACGUGAGCCCGAUAACUUUGAUGAAUUCUUCUCCUCGGUUCAGUCAUCCUUCUCCGACGCCCAAUCCACAUGGGAUUCGUUUGUCAAGGCUAUAACUGAGGGCCAUCCUUCUUCCUUCGACAGGAAACCCCUGUCCGAUAAGCCAGCAGAUGAUGAGAAGCGGGUGGUGACCAAGGAUGAAUACGUUGAUCGAUUUGGUUACCUCCACAGCAAGACCACGGUCAAGACUCUGGACGAGGAAGGAAACGAGAUUGGUAGUGAAACCCACUAUACCGUCCGGCCCGCUGAGAAGGACGAGAAGAAUGCAGAGUCUAAAGAGCAGGCCAAGGACAGCGAAGGAUCUGGUAUCAAGGCUGAGGGUCGUGUCGAGACCAAGACGGGAUGGUUUUGGAAAUAA